GGGGUUGGGACGGGAGCGAAGGGUUUCUGUGGAGCUAAGGUGGAGGGGGGGAAGAAGUGAAGCUUUAAGAAGGUGGUUGAUGGUCCCUGCUGCAUGGCUGCAGUGAGUUUCUGAGGAGUUUUAUCAUACAAAUGGUUCUUUAGCCUUUUUCGUGGGGCUGGAAACGAAGGAACAAAGGAAGGGACUGGAGGAUUGAGCCGUGUCAUUCGUUCCCCCAUCCACUGUUUAAAGGGGUUGGAUCAAUUAAUCCAUCCAUUCUUGGGAUCCAUCUUUUAUUGUUACUCUUCUCGGCUUCUGGCGCUUGGUUGGGCUUCUCGGUUCGAGGGUUCCUCCUCCAGAAAGGUAAAGAAAAGGCAGUUACCGGAGUACUGCACUCGAGCACUCGCGGUGUGUGGCACGAGUAUUGUACUCGAGUACAAGUACGAGUGCUGUAUCUCUCUCUCUCAGCGGCCCGGUUGUCCUGCGCAACCGUCGAUCCUCCAUAAUCCGAGCCUCGCAUAAACAACCAAGUUACAAAGUCAGGCAUUUCUGACAGGUGAGCUCUCUCAAAAUCUUUCUCUACCCUUCCCCCCUCCCUCUCUUCUCCCCAUUCCCUUUAGUCUACCAUUCUCCUCUCCUCCUCUUCCUCCUUGGAUCCAUCUUUGUGCAUCUCUAUACCAUUCUAUACACAAUUUGCCACUUCCCCCCCUUCCCAUUGAUCCUAUCUCCACAUAAGCACUCUCACCCGCUUAAUUUCCCCCCCGUUCGUUGUCCCUUGUAUUUGUGAGAGGUACAAGUAAGUUGUAAGUCAUUGCCCGUGUGCUCUGAGCACAAACCGAUUCCCCACCCCGCAAAUUACCAUAAUACUGCUAGCCUCACUCGUGUCGGCUCACUCACUAACGCGAGAGAGUCGCCUCAGCUACGACAAGUCCGACCCGCCCCGCCCCUUUGGAGGGCAAGCCGCAGGGGGGAACGAAACGGGCCCCCUUUCCGAGUUACGAAAACCUCAAAGUGGAAUAACCCCCUGCACUGGGUGUUAUUAGGGAAGAAAAAGAAAAGAAGAGAGAGGAAAAAGGAAAAUACCCACAAUCCUUGGGCUAUAAACGAAAAGGGGGUUACGCGGUCUGCGAAAUGUCGGACCUUCAACGGAACUUUUCCUUCCAGGCACACGACGACAAUCCGGCCUACCAUCCUCUCGAUUCUUCUGGCGACUCUCCCCAGCAAAGCUCGAUGGCUCAGGGUUCGCAGCCACGCGAAGUUUUGGCGCUGAGCGCAUCGGACGAAGGACAUAGGCACGGCGUGGAAAAUGAGAAUAAUUACCCAGGGGCAUUGCCGAAUCGCAGCCAACAAUCCAUCUCUCCGAGGCCGACGAUUGCUGCCGAAGGGGAAGGGCAAGGAUCUGUGAACAAUGGAGGUGAGAAUAGCGUUGAAACCAACGAUGCUGCGUUGCUCUAUCCCAAACCCUCUGAGAAUAAUCCCCGAUUAACACCUGCUGGCGGGUACCGAGAAGACGAGAGGUACUGGGGCCCGGAAUUAGGAUACGCGCAAAGCAACCGCCGAUCAGGCUACUUUGCGGGAGAAGGGGAUCAGUAUGACAAUUUAAAUUCAUCGCAGCGAGGUUUGGUGACACCUGGAUCUACAUCUUCACCAUUAUACCCACCAUCACUUUCCUCGCCCUCUUCCCAGGCACCGCUGAUAGGCGGAGCACCAGUUCCCGUGCCCCCAGCGCAUGGGCUCGGCACUUUGGAGAAUAGGUCCAGUGAUAGGGUGUUGUCAACCCCUGUAGGCGGUCACUAUACGGAUAAUCCAUACAACCGCUAUUCGACCACGUGGGAUCCGGUAUUGAGCUCGACACAGGUACAGGUCGACGGCAACACUGAUGUAUUGAGCGACGAGGAGGAGGAGACGCAUCGACGUGGAGCCGCUGGAGCAGCAGCAACGGGUGCUGCAGGUGGAGGUGUGUUGGCGGCUUUAGGUUCUAGGGUUGGCCGACCGGCUCCCAGCCAUGUCUUCGGUGGUGCCGCUGGCGGGGCCGGCGCUGGGGGUGGGGGAAGCGGAGUCGCCGAUAGGGGUGGCCUAUUGGGAGGAAGCGAUGGGGGGUCGACAAACCUUAAUGGUAAUGGUAGGGCCGGGACCUCGACUCUUCCUGAGAGAAACUAAAACACCAUCAUCGAUACUAAUGGCGGGUGGUAAAAAUGCAGAGAAAGUCGCACAGUCCGAAUGGCUACGAUCGCAGACGAAAUCGAAGAAAAAGCUCCGAUGGAUCAUUGGCGUCAUACUGAUCGUCUUCAUCCUCGGCGCGGCGGGAGGCAUAGCUGCGGGAGUAAUCUUAUCUAAGAAGAACUCAUCAGGGGGCUCCUCGGGAUCUACGCAGGUGGCGAAUGGAGGUGGAAGGUCUGGGAUUUCCGGGGAGGAGGACACGAGGCAGAAUGGCGAUUUGAACAAGGACUCGCCGGAAAUCAAAGCUCUCAUGUCAAACGCCAGAUUUAAGAAGGUCUUCCAUGGCAUGGAUUACACUCCUCUCGGCGCCGUCUACCCCGACUGUACCUCUCCUGUGGUCUACUUUGAAAUUACUCGAUUGUGCUAACAUGCCUUAGGCCUCGUAAACCCCCCAACCCAGAACAACAUCACCCGCGAUAUCGCCGCCAUGUCCCAGUUGACCGACAAGCUCCGUCUCUACGGCACUGACUGCAACCAGACAGAGAUGGUCCUCCACGCAAUAGACAUGCUAAAAGUCGACAUGAAAAUCUGGCUCGGCGUCUGGUUGGACAAGAAUACAACAACCAACACCCGCCAACUCGGCCACCUCUACAAACUCCUGGAUGUCUACCACUCGGACCGCUUCGAAGGCAUUGCCGUAGGCAACGAAGUCCUCUUCCGAAAAGAACUCACCGAAACCGAGCUCUUUGGGAUCAUAGAUGACGUACGGCACAACCUCACGUCAUUGAAUAUAAAACUCCCAGUGGGGACCUCAGACCUCGGAUCGAACUGGAAGUCGACAAUGGUGUCCAGUGUCGACGUGCUUAUGGCGAAUGUGCACCCGUUCUUUGCUGGUGUGGUUGUGGAGAAAGCUGCGAACUGGACGUAUAAUUUCUUUCAGGACAACGAUGUAGUCCUGACGGCAAACGUUGCCACAAAACCCCGUGUCAUGAUCAGUGAGGUUGGGUGGCCUAGCGGUGGUGGUAACGAUUCUGGAAGUGUCGCGGGCAUUUCCCAAAUGAAUAGGUUUAUGCAGGACUUUGUGUGUACGGAAAAUAAGCGAGGGACGGAGUACUUUUGGUAUAUUUUUCGCUUUCUUUUAUGCGAGUAGGGCUAAUAUCGGGGUAUAGGUUCUCUGCCUUUGACGAGCCCUGGAAAGUGCGAUACAACGAACCGGCACUCGGCAAAGAAUGGGAAGAUAAGUGGGGGCUCAUGGACGUGAACCGGAAUUUGAAGGAUGGGUUGGUGAUUCCGGAUUGCAAGUAGCCCACUUCUCACUCUCACAAUACUCGACCUGUUUUGGGAUAGUUGCUCCCGGGGUGGACGGGCGAGGGUCUGGAGAGGAUGGCUUGGAAGUUUACCAUGCCCAAGAUGCUUGCCUUUCAUCAAUGCAUUAUUCUCGAUUACUGCUCGGCGUUUUUGACCUUUUUUGAUUCUGGGAAACUCUUUUUCGAACAGGGGUGUUUUUUCAUGUCACCCUUUACUUUUUAACUUUCAUGAGUAGGAAUUCUUUCUUUGGGACUCGUUGGGGGACCCGAUUUCUGUUUCGGCCUUGGUAAAGAGCGAUAAAUCUCUAAUAUUUUUCUCUCCUUUUCUGCCAUGUAUGGUGGGUGUGCUUCUUAUUUUCAGUGUUGAUUUCUACCCAUCUAUCUGUCUAUUGGGGAUGCAUGUACUCUAAUACGAAGAUUUAAAUAUUGUCCAAAA